AUGCUCUCAGCCAUGCACCCAGCCAUGCUCUCAGCCAUGCACUCAUCCAUGCUCUCAGCCAUGCUCUCAACCAUGCUCUCAGCCAUGCUCUCAGCCAUGCUCUCAGCCAUGCUCUCAGCCAUGCUCUCAGCCAUGCUCUCAGCCAUCCUCUCAGCCAUGCUCCCAGCCAAGCUCUCAGCCAUGCUCUCGGCCAUGCACCCGACCAUGCUCUCAGCCAUGCUCUCAGCCAUGCUCUCAGCCAUGCUCUCAAUCAUGCUCUCAGCCAUGCUCUCAGCCAUGCUCCCAGCCAUGCUCCCAGCCAUGCUCUCAGCCAUGCUCUCAGCCAUGCUCUCAGCCAUGCUCUCAGCCAUGCUCUCAGCCAUGCUCUCAGCCAUGCACUCAGAUAUGCUCUCAGCCAUGCUCUCAGCCAUGCUCUCAGCCAUGCUCUCAGCCAUGCACUCAGCCAUGCUCUCAGCCAUGCUCUCAGCCAUGCUCUCAGCCAUGCUCUCAGCCAUGCUCUCAGCCAUGCUCUCAGCCGUGCUCUCAGCCAUGCUCUCAGCCAUGCUCUCAGCCAUGCUCCCAGCCAAGCUCUCAGCCAUGCUCUCGGCCAUGCACCCGACCAUGCUUUCAGCCAUGCUCUCAGCCAUGCUCUCAGCCAUGCUCUCAGCCAUGCUCUCAGCCAUGCUUUCAGCCAUGCUCUCAGCCAUGCUCUCAGCCAUGCUCUCAGCCAUGCUCCCAGCCAUGCUCUCAGCCAUGCUCUCAAUCAUGCUCUCAACAUGCCCCGCCUGUGUACCCAGGGCUGCUGCCUUUCUUCUCCAGCUGCUGCGCAUGUCACUGCCGUCAUCAGCUGCUGAUUUCGCCUCGUUCCCUUCCCUUCCCUUCCCUUCCCUCAUGCCCUUCCCUUCUCAUCUCAACCCUCCUUUCAACCCGCCACCCCUCCCGCCUUUUCCCAUCCGCUCUCAGCCUGUGCUGCCAGGCCCGCUGCUGUUCGCCUCAUUUCCCAUCCUUCUUUCUUUCUUUCCUCCCACCCCUCACUCACACCCCUUCCCCCCUACCAUCCCUCCCCCCAUCCGCUCUCAGCCUGUGCGCCCAGGGCUGCUGCUGUUCGCCUGCCAGCUGCGAGUAACGCUGCCAGCCGUAAGUCAGCAGCCUAUAGUAGUCACGACCACCACCAAGGCCUGA